UGGGUUUAAGUCUAUUGUCCUUUGAUUCAAAUAUAGGCUUCUAUUGUUGUAUCUAAGCCAAUUCACAUCCAAACCCGUGACCAUAUAUCAUAAUGCAAACUCUUCUAAGUUUGAAAUAUUAAUUCAGUGGUGAACUUAUCAACUACUUUGAAAGCAGCAAUAUCUAUUCAUCAGAUGAGUUCUCAUAUGGAGAUUUCAUCAAUCAGAGGCUUACCUGAAUUGGGGAUAAUGGAAGAUCCUAACUUUCUGCAUCAAUGGAAUCACCACAUAAGCUCUAUUGAUACUUUUGGAGAUGCUUUACAAAAACAUCCAAACUUCAACACCAAAACAAGCAUGGAAACUUUGCUUGCUGCUGGAAGCGAAAGACCGAUGAAACAGCUAAAAAACAACAGCUGGAAUUACAACAACAGUCCUCAAACAUCAGACACACACCAGUAUGAUAAUUCCUGCUGCAAUCUUGUUUCAUUUGUUGAUUCAAAUUACACAAGUAAUCAAUUGGGACUAUUGAAGCCUAAGUCUGAGAUGGUGUGUCCUAAAAUCGAUAACGCUACGCUUGCCAACAUGUUGAUUAAUCAAGGAAACUUGGGGAAUCAAAAUCAUGUCUUCAAAGCUUUUCAAAAGGCCAAAGAUGUUGACACUCGUCCUAAUAAGCUUUCUCAAGCUCAUGAUCAUAUUGUAGCCGAAAGGAAGCGUCGAGAGAAGCUUAGCCAGCGAUUCAUCGCGCUAUCUGCUCUUGUUCCAGGCCUAAAGAAGAUGGACAAAGCUUCUGUUCUUGGAGAUGCAAUAAAGUACUUGAAGCAAAUGCAAGAGAAAGUGAAUGUUCUUGAGGAGGAACAGAAAAGGAAGAAAACUGUGGAAUCUGUUGUAAUUGUGAAGAAAUCUCAACUUUCAAAUGAUGGUGAAGACUCUUGUUCAGACACAGAUAAUAGUACAUUUGAUGAAACAUUACCUGAAAUUGAAGCAAGAUUUUGUGAAAGAAAUGUCCUCAUAAGACUACACUGUCUUAAGAGUCAAGGAGUUAUUGAGAAAACAAUUAGUGAAAUUGAGAAACUCAAUCUAAAAGUCAACAAUAGCAGUGCCUUGACUUUUGGGAAUUUCACACUUGAUAUAACCAUUAUUGCUCAGAUGGAUGUGGGAUUUUGCAUGACAUUGAAGGAUGUUGUGAGAAAGCUACGCUCAGCUUAUUCGUCUUUCAUGUGAAGAAGUUAAUUAAUUUCAUAUAUUGUUCACUACAAUCAAACCAUAAAAAGCAGUUAAAUAAUAAUCAUGUUUGCAAGGCUUGUGUUGUCUUAGCCAUUUAAUCAUUUCCAAAAAUGUUUGCUCUAAGGUUCAUUUUGCACAAGGGUUUUUUAGUCAUAUUAUCUUUUUGCAUGGUCAACUUGUUGACCGUGUUAUUACUCUCAUGUAACGUGUAACCCUUCUGUUUCAAGAAUGUAGAGCUUCUUGCCUUUUUUGGGGUAGAAUUGAAAUGUUCAAUUCGACCCAUUUAUGUCCAUUUUUUUAUCUAAAUAUUUUGACAAAACAUGUCUUUGUUGUGUAACCUUUUACUUAUGCCAAUUGCUCUUGAGUUUCUUUUUA